AUGUCGAGAGCGCUGGACGAUGAUGUCAAGAGGGCGUUAAAGCACGGCGACCAUGAGCAGGUGUUUCACAGAGUCGCGGAUGCGCUGACGCAGCGACUACCGGAGCUGCUGGAGGUUGAAUUCCUGGGACGAAGCCACAUGGUGGAUGAGCACACGGUUAUCUUGCAGGAUGGACCAGCGAUAGCGGUGCCCAAGUUACGACUGGUGCAGGCUUUCCUGUAUGCCCGCGGGCUACUGAAGAAGUACGUGGGAGGAGUGCUGGAUGGGGGCAAUGGAGAUGGACUUGUCACAAGAGCAACGGCCGUUAUUCUGCUCAUGGACCCGGAGCAUCUCACCGCUGCCAACACGAGAAAGAGGCUGCUCCGGGAUGCCAUCAAGUCCGGGACAGACAUUGGGUCGAAACUACAAGAUGAGCUGUACUUUAUAGACAGCCUUCUGACAAGUCGUCUUCAUCGCCAUACAAAGUCACCCACCUUAUGGAGUCACCGCCAAUGGCUCAUGCAGCAAUUCCAACAUCGCGACCUCGCCAUUGAUCCCACAAACACCAUGAAAAGCGUCAUCCUCAUCGCCGCCGAGCGCCACCCACGAAACUACUACGCCUGGCUUCACGCGCGCUACCUCACCCAAGCCGUCGCCGAAACCACGCCCUUCCAAGAGCAGCAGCAACAGCAACUCGCAGGGAUCCUCGAAGCCGCGCAGAAAUGGGCUCUCGCGCACCACGACGACGUCUCCGGCUGGGCGUUCCUCAUGUUCUUCCUGGACCGGCACCCGGAGUAUGCUGGGACGGUGGUGGGCGAGGCGACGAGGCGGGCGGUGUCGUUUCACUGGCGGAAUGAGGCCGUCUGGUACUUUCUGAGAAACAUUGUUGCGAGGCCGUGGUGCGGCAGGGAUGCGCGUGAAGGGGUUGAGGCUGCGAGGCUGGCGCUGCUGAAGGGCGUGGAGGCGAGGUCGGACGGGGAGAGGGUACUGAGGCAGGCUUCGAGCUGGAUUGAGGAGUAUUCUACCUAG